CGAGAAGAUGAAGCAAUGGACGAUGAUAUUGAUGGUGCACCCAUCGAGGGCCCUGAGGAAGAGACGGUCAUCAAAAGUGAGCCAAUUUUUGAGGAGGAAGAUAUCGAUGGUGAACCGAUUGAAGAAACACCCGCUGAGCCACAACCAAAGAAAACAGCUACAUUCAAACAAAGCCAAUGGAAUACGGUUGAUCCAUCAGUGGUGGCCAGUCAAGCAGUAACAACAAGCAAAUGGGAUCUUCUGGAAAGUGGCAAGGAUGAUGAGAUGGCAACGGAUAAAGUGGAAUCAGAUGAUGAUAUCGAUGGCGCGCCAAUUGAUGAGGACAAAAAUGGCAGUGAAGAUGGGGAAUGUCCGGAUGAAGACGACGAAAAAGCUGCAUCGAGUUUACAUAUGUCGAUGAGUUCGACUACUGCACGACUGGAUGAAGAGCGACGAAAAAUCUUGCGCGAAAUCGAGGCAAGUUUUGUUUUAGCGCUUGUAACUUGA